AUGAUAGUGGUUAAAUAGUUAAAUUAUUAUUUGAAGAUGACAAUUUUGAAUAACUAUUGUUAUCAAAAUUUAUCUAGUUUUUAGAUAAUAACAAAGAAAAAGAAAUUAAAAUAAUAACUACUCUUGGUGAAUUUGGAUAAGGAAAGUCUUUUAUUCAAAACUUUUUAAUCUCUAAAUAUUAAAACCGCUCAGAUUAUUUAAUGGUCUUUCCUAGCUCUUAGGAUAUUGAUUCAAUAACAAAAGGAAUUUAAUUUUAUGCAAUAGAAAAUAAUAACAAAGUUGUGGUAUUUUUUGAUUGUGAAGGAUUUGAUUAUUCUGAUAAGUCAAAUUAUAUGUAAAGUCUUGAAAAACUAGUGUGUCUUAUUUGUAGGAUUUCAACUGUUAUUUUAUACGUACAUUAGAAUUCUAGAUAACCUAAGUCACUUGAAAAAAUUUUAAAACUUAUAAACAUUCAGGAGCAUAAUAAUACUUAAAUAGUAAAUAAUUUUGUAGAAGUUAUUAAUAAAUGCAAUGGUGACAAAAUUUAGAGCUACUAAAACAAUUAUAAAAAUUUUAUAUAAAAGGUAUUUAAAUGCUAACAACUUGAUUUUAAUGAUGAAUUUGACAAUUAAUUAUACUCUUGUAAGAUAAAGAACGACGAAAAGUUUAAUAAAUUUAUUUAAUAAAUUGAAGAAAUUUAACAACUUUGUGAAAAAUCUUAAUAUAAAACUCCAUUCGAAAAUUGCAAAGCCUUUGAAAAGAAAUAGAAUUGUAGAAGUUUUAAGGAAAUGCUGA